AUGUCAAGUGUUCAUGAGUACAUUUGUUUCUGUCAUGAAACAGAGAAAUCUGGAGGGAAGAGUGAAGAAACCAAUGGAGACAGAAAGACACCAAACAGUGAAAAAUCCAGUCGAAGCAGCUCCCCAGCACAAAGCACAAAGUCAUCGUCUGCACCAAGUACCCCCAAGGAUAACAAAGUUGUCAUAUUCCCAGCCCCAAAGGUUACAGGUGACUCAGUACGUGGGAGGUGUCGGGAGAUGAUUGUGAAUUCUCUCAAGAUUGAUGGUGAAUUUGAACCAACCAUUACUCCUGAAGACUUUGCUGCAGCAUGUGAAGAAUGCAUAUUCCAACAGUUUAAAGACACAAAUAUGAAGUACAAGCAGCGUGUCCGGAGUCGUGUUAGUAACCUUCGUGAUGCCAAGAAUCCAUUGCUUAAAGUGAAAGUUCUCUCUGGAGAGAUCUCUCCUGAAAGAUUUGCAACAAUGCCUACGGAGGAAAUGGCAAGUGAAGAAAUGAAACAGUUUCGACAGGAAUGUGCCAAGGAAGGAAUUCGAGACGCUCAAGUGGCUAAAAACCAAGGCACAGAAACAGCGCUUUUUAAAUGCGGGAAAUGUGGCAAGCGGCGAACCACCUACACACAGCUACAAACACGAAGCGCCGAUGAACCAAUGACCACUUUUGUACUUUGUUUAGAGUGUGGAAACCGCUGGAAAGUAAGUAAUGUACUGAACAAACUAAGUCAAGUUUCUACAUGUAACUAAUUUAGAUGAAACCACUUGUUUGUGAACAAAUGUAGUCAAUCAGUAUCAGUAUUGUCCUUAGAUCGACUAGCAGUUUCUAUUGGCUCAAAGUUGGAACCUACCUGGACCAAUCAGAGUCAGAUUUUUUACGUCAGUUAUUUUUUAAAAGUCAAUAAUGCACACUUGAGGUCUAGAAAAACUGAUAGUGAGCGCACAAACGGAAUGUACUCUGCAAUUGCGUUUAGCAGAAAGUGCAAAAUCUUAGAAAACGUCGGAACACCAUCUUCUAUUUGUUUCGGAAUAAAGCACAGAAAAGCAAAAAUAUUUAUAUCUUAGAAAGGGCUGUGAUUGCACUGGCGACACAUUGUGCGGUACUUACAUUGUUCAUGCUCUAUAAUUUCCAGCCAUACAUCUAUAAAAAUAAUAAUGCACUCUCAGAUCUAUUAGUGGGUAGGCAGUCGCUACAUUCUAAAUGCUAUUAGUAGAAUUUCACCUGAACACUAAUGCAAAUGCUGCAAUCUGGUUGGAUGAGCCAUGGCACACUAUCAGCCAUUAGUGU